AUGACCAUCGGAGAUAUCAACAUCCAUGACUACUUCACUGCGGAACUCCAGACUCAGCUGAGGCAGCCGAGAUCCAGCUGGGGCAUAGGAACCCCGAAAAUUUGGGACGCCUUCAGGGAGUUUGACACCAGCGGCGACGGCUUCAUCGGCAAGGAUGAACUCUGCGAACUCUUCGCCAAGUUGGGCAAGAGCCUCACCAAGAAACAGGCCGACAUCAUCCUCCGAGAGGUUGAUGCUGAUGGCAAUGGUGAAAUUGACUUUGAAGAACUGUGUUAUUUGGAGAUUGGGAUGUCCGGGGCCAAGCCCCGAGCCGAUCUCAUCGACUACACCACCUAUCUCUAUGACGACGUGGUGAAGCAGUUGCAGCAGUGGUUCUCCCUGCACGACAUGGGUGAAGAAGGGCAGAUCACCGUGGAAGCCGCGCAGAUGAACAUUGCAGAACAGCAGGAGGUCCGAGCUUCAGUGGAAGAGAUCCAAGACGUUCUGGCACAGGUGGGGCUGGAUGUGCGGGACAGCAUCGUGAAUGGGGUGGCACUGGAGGGAAAAGUGAAUUUUCCGCGCUUCGCCGCCUUCUGGGCUGUGGUGAGUGGCAGUCACCGAAAGCUCAACUACCGAGAGUAUUUGAGUAAUGACGAGGUUCAGCACUGUCGGCAGAUCUUUCAGGUUGGGAACGGCAUCGUUCAGGAAGCUGCUGGUGACAAGAAGCACCUGUCCCGGAAGCAGGUCCAAGACGUUUUGAAAGAGAAGAAUUUCGUUCGGGCCAGGCGGCAUCUCAAUAGGAUAUUGGAUAAUUUUGGUAUUGACAAGAAGACCGAUAUAGAUUUCAAGAUGUUCUGCAAUGCCAUAGUGAAGCUCUCGCGGCGGCGGAAACUCUUUGAGCUCUCUCCACAGACCUCCUGCUGCUCCAAGCUCUUUGCAGAUGGUUUCACGGUCCCUGAACUUCAGAUGUGUGGUUUUGGACUUGUCGAUUUCAGAGAAACGCGGAUCCCAGCCAAACGACUCUAUCAGGAGGGCCACUUUUCGGCCUUGGAUUUGCGGCGGGCAGGCUAUUCUGCUGGUGAUUUGCGCCGUGCUGGUAUGGGUUUAGUUGAGCUGAGGAGUUCAGGCUUCAGCUUAACAGAGCUUCGUACCGCAGGCUUUUCUGCAGCGGGGCUGCGGGAGGCAAACCGAAAGAUGCACGGCUGCUUGAGCAUGGGAGACUUUACACUCCUGCCACAGAUCACCAAAGGAACUUUAAAGACGUGGACCACGGAGAAAUCGCAGGAGAUGCUGAACAUCCAGCGUCUCACAAUGACUCCCCUGAUCCGCGAAGCCACCGAUGGACGUGGCACUGCGAAGUUUGCGCCCCUGUGUCGAGCCUUUAGCCGAAGUAUGCCAUCCUUCAAGGGGGAGAUCGCCUGGUAGACUGAGGAACUGGCUUGGGAACCUGCCGUGCAGGGCACAGAUGGGUGCAGGGUGCAGGUGUUUUUGCUUUAACUUUUUCUGCCUGGGUGCAUCUCAGCCUGGCUGUUGGUUUCAGA